GGCAAAACAUAUUUUAAAGACGUGGCAGUGCUCGUUCGAUACAGUGCACUCUGGAUUAUCUUGCAUUUAAUGCACAAAAAUGUUAACGACAAUAUUAAUAACCCUUACAGUGAUAACCCUACUAGUUAUAUUCAGAAGUGAAUUUAAAAAAGUGCGGUUUUAUAUCAAAUUUUAUUUCUACUACGUCGCUCUUAGUUCAGUAUCCUUUGUAAUUAUACCUCUAUUGUUGAUUAAGCCGAAACAUCACACCAAUGGACCGUUUAUCUCCAGAUAUAUGAGAGAUUUUGUCGAUUUCGUAUACGGUUGGAAAUGGCAUAUACGUAACAAGGAGAUAUUGAUGGAGGACAGAGGAGCCGUCAUUAUUAGCAACCACCUGUCUGUUUUUGAUUCAUCUGGAAUCAACCAUGUGUGGGUUGUGGCAAAGAAAGUACUAUUAAUUGCGAAAAAAGAACUACUUCACACAGGUCCACUAGGCGUGGCGAUGUACCUUUGUGGUGCAAUAUUCAUUGAUAGAAAGAACCAGAAACAGGCCUAUCAAAAAUUAGAAAUUGCGAAGCAGUUCAUGAUUCAGGAAAAUUACAAAACAUGGAUAUUUCCAGAAGGCACGAGGAAUACGAAAUGGGAUGGCAAGUUGUUACCAUUCAAGAAGGGUGCGUUCAAUUUGGCUGUGACUGCUCAAGUGCCGAUCAUACCUGUUGUAUUUUCACCAUACUAUUUCUUUGACAAGGAUAAAUACAUUUUCAAUAAAGGCCACGUCAUACUGCAAUGUCUAGAGCCAGUGCCAACAGUAGGACUUACACUGGACGACGUGCCGGCCCUCAGCAACCGCUUGCACCAGAUCAUAUCUCGGACUUUCGAACAACUGUCCAAAGAAGUUCUGUUUGACUCAAGAGACAAGUGAUACGGGAAAACUUGCGAAACUUAGUUAAGACCGUGAUAAAUUAUUACUGUUGUUAAGCGCUAGAGACUAUAAUUUUUAGUUUGUAGAUUUAUUGUUAAUGUACGUACCUAAACUUUAUGAUAUACAUGAGAUAAAGACUUUUAUGACUAA